UUCAUAGUGCCGCGCACUAAAAACAUCGGACGCUAGGGGAUCAAGACGCAUGCCACAUUACCUCUAUGUGGGCACUUUAACAGAUCUUUCGGGUUUUUUUUUCCCAGUAAGGGGGCUGAAGAGGGAGGCCUUUUUAUUUUCAUUGUUUGAUGACUAUUUGCACGGCUGAUUAUUGAGUUGAUUGUUUAUUAUUUCGGCCGUGGUUGUUCGCCGGCUAGUGCGCUUUUUUUUCCCUCUCUUUUUGGAAUCGGCGAGCUGUCGCGCGCUCACCAAUGUCCUAUCCUCAGGGUUACCUCUACCAGCCCCCGGGCUCUCUGGCUCUUUAUUCGUGUCCGGCAUACGGGGCCUCGGCUCUGGCUGCUCCGCGGAAUGAGGACUUGGCGAGGUCGUCCUCUGGCUCAGCCUUCAGUCCUUACCCCGGGUCGGCUGCAUUCUGCGCCUCGGCCAGUGCAGGCUUUUCUAGUCCUCUGUCAUACUCCACUGAUCCAACUACGGGAUUCCCAUCUUACAUGUCCUCCCCAUAUGACGCGCACACAACGAGCAUGGCCGGGGCUUUAACUUACCACCCAUACGGGAGUCCAGGGUAUCCCUACCAACUUAACGACCCGGCUUACCGCAAAAAUGCCACUAGGGACGCCACGGCCACCCUAAAGGCCUGGCUACAGGAGCACAGGAAGAACCCGUACCCGACCAAAGGGGAGAAGAUCAUGCUGGCCAUUAUCACAAAGAUGACCCUGACGCAGGUCUCUACAUGGUUCGCUAACGCCAGGAGGAGGCUCAAAAAGGAGAACAAGAUGACUUGGGCGCCCAGGAAUAAGAGCGAGGAUGAGGACGAGGAAGACGGAGACGGGGAGAGGAAAGAGGUGGAGCGCUCCGACAAAACCCUGGAUAACAGCGAGGCUUCAGCGGAGGAUGAAGGCAUCAGCUUGCACGUGGACACCCUAACAGACCACUCGUGCUCGGCAGAGUCUGACGGGGAGAAGGUCAGCUGUGUGGGCGAACUGAGCUCCGACCGGACGGGCGACAAAUGUGAAGAGGACGGCGAGGACCAGAACCGCGACCAUCGAUCUCUUGCGCUUUCACCCAAACCUGUUACGUCGUCACCUCUAACGGGAGUAGAAGCACCAGUCCUCAGUCAUCACCAUCACCACCACCACCUUCAUCAUCUCCACCACCUCCACAGUCAACGCGAGGAUUUGGCCCGGAGCCUCGUCAGUGGCAACAACAUAAACACCAAUAAAUUGUCUUCAUGCCUUGACAGUAGGCCUUCUGGGGCUCCUCAGAACCCAACGGCCAAGCCCAAAUUGUGGUCUCUGGCGGAGAUUGCUACCUCGGACCAAAAACAGCAACAUCAUCAACAUCAUCUGGGACAAUCUGGGCAACCAAACUGCCCCUCCUCCAGUGGAGGACUUCUCACUCCCCCAACACCGUCCACAACCUCCCCGGCUGCCAGCUCUCCCUCCCUUUACCCGGCCCCCUCCAUCCUUGGAAGACCUAUUUAUUACACUUCUCCCUUUUAUAGCAAUUACACAAACUAUGGCAACUUCAGCCCCCUGCAGGGUCAAGGGAUCCUGCGGUAUACUAAUUCAUCUGGAGUUAGUCUGGCUGCUGCUGCCGCCGUUGCUGCUGCAGCAAACGAGGGUCUCAGCUCCUCUCACCAGGCAGUGGAGACCGGCACAAACCCCAAACACAGGCCAGACUCCCCCCUCGUUAAAAAUAACCCAAACCAGAUUGUUGUUGUCGAGCAGCAGCAACAGCAGCAUUUCAGACCCGCAAAUUUAGAAGCAAAAAAAGGUACGUAAUGGGUGACGCGCUACCAAAACCGUAAUUUAUAAACACUUAUUUAAUCCUGUGUUAAAUUUUGGAAUUGUGUUUUACUAAAACAGUGGAGGGACGUUUCUCCACUGGUGGAAGUAAAAAAAAAAAAAAAAAAGUUCACGUUCCCAAAUGUAAAUCAACUGGUUUCCUUUUCUUACUUUCAUGUCUUUGCUGUGACAAUAUGGGUUGAUCUGGCUGUCGAUGCCUUAUUUCGAAUAAUUGGGCCUUUAUUCGAGCAAUGUUGCAUUAGAAAUAAGCGACAUUGACAGAUUAUAUGAUAGUCUGAGAAUGACUGAGAAAAAGUAAAUCUCUGCUCAUGGAGAGUUCACAGCACCGUUUAAGCAAGCGAACCUGUACCAUGGUUUAUUAUUUAUCAGUGCAGUCAUUUUCAGGAAUGAUCAGUUUAGAAGUGUGGAGUAUUUUUUUUAUAUAUUAUUAUUUUUAAUAUAUCCAUAUUUUCUGCUGUUUGCAGGCCUUUCUCAUGAUUUAAACAAGAACCAAAUGUCAGAAUUUUCAUUUGCAAGAAGCUUGCUUUAAAAGUUAGCAGACAUGGCAAGCCUUUCGCAAAUAAAAGUAAAACCGUGCAACCACAAAUACGACAAUGAAGGACAAGCCAACCACGCGCACUGGCACGCGCGCACAAACACACACGGUGGCAGCCUAUGAAUCCAAUAAGCAGAGAAAUGUUGCCAUAGCUUUGAGCAGGAAUCCUAUUUUUAAUGUUCUCUUUGUGUGUGUGUGUGGGUGUGUGUCUGUGUGUGGGUGAGCACAGUGGGCCCCAGACCUUAUCUUUCAGCUUAGGAUAAUUAUAAUUACACAGGGUCAGCCAAAAGCAAACAAAUUAGUUUGCUCUGCGCAGUCGUGCAACUUCACAUCUUCAAAUGUCACUUAGGUGGCUGUGAUGGUUACUUUCCUCACGCACAUAAAAGCUUUCCUUACGUGUCGCUGGAUAGCCUAAAGACGUUUUUAGCAGCAGUUAGGCGGUGGGGAUUUUAAUAAGCACUUGCAGUAUAAAGAUGUUUCCUUUCUUUCUCUCUUUUUUUGGGAGUCUGACAACCUCCAUGUUGAGGAUGGAAUUGAUGACACGAUGUGGAUUUUUUUUUUUUUAUUUCCACGCUUUGCAGGUAGGUGUCACAAUUGCUUUGACUAUAAAACGAAAAAGGACACAACCUUUUUAGCCUCAUGUUUUAACCCUCAUAAUCUUUAGUCCAAACCGGAUCUAGUGCCACCGUAUAUAUUGAUGGAAUGAAAGCUGCUACCACCUCCUCACCCCCCCACCGAGACAUCCAUUCAGAUUAUUAUUGUAUUAUUUCAGCUGCAUUGUUUGAUUCAUUAAGGACGAUACGUUUCACGUGCAGGUUUCUGAAACACAUCUCCCAUUAUAUGUGAUUAACAUGUUAUUUCUCAGGAUCCUGUUGUUUGCUUAUUUGCCACGGUGUUAUUAUUUCAUUGCAUAUUUACGUGUGAAACAAAACAUUUGGCCUGAAACCGUUUUUAAAAAAGGAGGUGUCGGGAUGCAUUACUGAACUGGAGUGAACUUGAGGACUUCAAAGUGGAAUAGCCUACAUUUGAUAUUUAUUUUUUUAAAACGAUGGCGGAAUGCCUAUAAUUUAUGCAAGUUAUAUUGCAAAUAUGGUAACUGACAUCUUCUGUUUGUUUUGUAAAUAUACAUACAUGUUAUGUACGGUUUUUAUUUGAAACGCAUUUGGGAAGAAAAGCUACACAAUCUUGUUAUCAGGAGUACUUUUACUAAUUUAUAUCUUUGAAUGUACAUAAAAUAAAAACGCGCUGGUAUAGAUUUGCUGGCGGGGUAUUAUAUCCAUUAUUCAAAUGAGAAAAUAUUAAACUGUUUUCCCAACAAUUA